GAUCAAAUUAUACCAAUCGCAAACCUUUUCGUUUUCGAUAGUAGCAGAGCAGCAGAACUGAAAAGGACCUAAGCAUGGAUCAGCCAGCGACGGUGGUGGACAGAGAAUCGCUGGAGAAGAGGCCCGGAAUCUUAUUCGUCGGAUCUCCCAAUGUCGGUAAACGUACUCUUCUCUCCGUUGACAUGGUGUGCCUUAGCAUAGGCAGAUUAAUGAUAUGGACGCAAUCCAGCAGGUAAAUAUUCUCUAUCAAAGAUUAAGGCAAUUUGUGCAGUCUAACCAUUUUAAUUAUUUGUUUAUAUAGGAUUACUCUCUUUGGAUUUUGAAGAUGCUUCUGAUUCAUCGUCUGAUGUACUUGCAUAUGGGUGGACUAUUGACACAAAAUAUUACACAGCUGAUGUUUGUGUAUGGAUGGCUCACCUUCAUGAUGAGUUUUCAGAUGGAGCCCUGCCAAAAUUUGACCAGUUGGCUGCCUUGGUCAUGGUUUUCGACAUGAGUGAUCUAUCAUCUUUUGCUGCACUAAAAGAUUGGGUUUCUCGCACCGAUAUCCAGAACUUUGACAUACUGUUAUGCAUUGGGAACAAAGUGGAUCUUCUACCUGGUCAUGCAGCUCAUGUUGAAUACAGAAGGCAUCUGCUGAAACUUGAAGAAUCUUCUGUUAAUCCUUAUCCACAGUUUUCAGAUCAUGGAAUUGCUGAAACCGAAGGAAUUAGUUUACUGGGAGAUGAUGAAUCAUUAUGGGAGGCUAAGAGCUCUUGUAUGGAAUGGUGCAUUCAACACAACAUUGAAUACAUUGAAGCUUGUGGAUCCAAUGCUGAUUUUGACAAAUGUUUGUCAGUCGAUGGUGAUUCCCAGGGUGUUGAGAGACUCUAUGGGGCCCUCUCUGCUCAUAUGUGGCCUGGAAUGAUCUUAAAAUCCGGUGAUAAGAUAAAUGAGCCAUCAUUACCUGAACAACAAGAGUUAUCCGAAGAAGAAUCGGACUUUGAAGUGGAGUACGAAAUCUUAUCUGCGGGUUCAGCAGAACCCUGGGAUGACACAGAUGGAGGAUGGGUCUCAGCAAUUGGUCCUACUGCAACCAAUGAUGCAGGAGGAUCGGUUGCUCAGAAUUUCAAUGUUACAAGGAGCAAAGACAAAUCAGUUGGAGAAGACCCACAGCCCUCAACAUCAUCAUCUCAAAUUCAGGAAGAAAGUAGCAGAGAAGUAAUGGUCCAAGCACAUGAACCAGAUAAAGCCUUGGGGCCCGAUGAGGGUGCUCAUUAUGAUUACGAUGAUCUGGAACAAUUGAUGUCUCAGAUUGGGAACAUGCGUGAUAGCUUGAGGUUGAUGCCCGAUUUCCAGAGGAGAGAAAUGGCAGCAAAACUGGCCAUGAAAAUGGCUGCCAUGUUCGGUGGCGAUAGUGAUGAAGAGGGGGGUUAA